UUGUACAGUGUUUUUUUCUCUUACAAUUGCAAUUGCGACUAUAUAAUUUGUGUAAUGUUUCGUCGCACAACUAAUUGCAAUUUGGGGCAGGCAAUAGUGCAACACGUGAAAUAACCAAAAAGUGGCGUCUAAAAAUAGGAAUACACUGACGAAACACGCACGUCCGUGACAUUGAUUCACAUUCAAAGAGGCAGAGAGAAAGCAGCUGCUGGCAGCGAGUAAAAGCAAAAAUAAAACGAGGAAGUGUCCGUAUGUAGCCACCCGCCGCCAGUAUCAGCUGCUCGCUCUGGCCGCAAGCAAAAAAUUUAAUAUUAUUUUGUGUAAGACAGGCGUGGGCAGAACAAUUUUUAGGUUUUUUAACAUUCCUUACACUAAUAUCGUCAAGAAAGGGACCUAAAAUCAAAACAGCGUUGGCGGAACGGCUUCGAAAAGCUCAACUGGAAUCUGAAAGCUGGAAGCAACUGAGCCCACAGAAACUGGCGACGCAGUGCAUUUAAUCAAGUCAUUUUGUGUUGUGUAAUCGGCAAGUGAACGGAAAAUUCGCAUUCAAUAUGUCAGAAAAAGAGCCCAGCAAGAAAAAGACACCGCCCAAGGGUAUGAAAUAUCUGAUUGGAGGUGCUAGUGGCAUGGGCGCAACCCUGUGCGUCCAGCCACUGGAUCUUGUCAAGAAUAGAAUGCAAAUUGCCGGAGCCGGUAGUGGUAAGAAGGAAUUUCGCAACUCUUUCCACUGCAUUCAGACCGUGAUCAGCCGCGAGGGACCUCUUGCAUUAUACCAGGGCCUUUCAGCAGCUCUGCUGAGGCAAGCGACCUACACCACCGGACGACUGGGUGUCUACACUUACCUCAACGAGGAAUAUCGAAGUCGCACCAAUCGCGAUCCCAAUGUGCUGGCCAGCAUGGCCAUGGGCACUAUAGCCGGUGCCUGUGGUGCGUUCAUCGGCACGCCAGCAGAGGUGGCGCUAAUUCGCAUGACUUCAGAUGGACGCCUGCCUCUGGAAGAGCGACGCAACUACAAAAAUGUGGGCAAUGCUCUGGCGCGUAUAACGCGCGAGGAGGGCCUAACAGCAUUGUGGCGCGGCUGUUUGCCCACCGUUGGUCGAGCCAUGGUGGUGAACAUGACCCAAUUGGCCAGCUAUUCCCAAUUCAAAAGCUAUUUCCGUACUGGGCCGCUACAAAUGGACGAAGGCAUCAAACUACACUUUUUCGCCAGCAUGCUGAGCGGACUGCUAACUACGAUAACAUCGAUGCCGCUGGACAUUGCCAAGACGCGCAUCCAAAACAUGAAAUUGGUAGACGGAAAACCAGAGUAUAAGGGCACAAUGGAUGUGCUACUCCGGGUUGCACGUCACGAGGGCAUUUUCUCGCUUUGGAAGGGCUUUACGCCAUACUACUUCCGCUUGGGCCCGCACACGGUGUUGACCUUCAUCCUGAUGGAACAGCUCAACGAUGCCUUCAACAAGUACGUGCUGGGCGUGGAAAAGCGCGGUUCUGGAAUAUGAGGGGAGUCAUGCAACUAUAGCAAGCUGUGUGGCCUUGUUGUUGUUAAAGAUUAGCCGCAAUUCUAUACACUGUUAGCCAAUAGGUUCAAAGUUUAAACUGCAUAUUCCAAACAACUCCCCGAACGAUGAACCAAAUCAUGGACAAUACGAGAGUUAAUAAUUUUAUACAUAUUUGUAUUUACGAUAAUAUCCAAAGUGGGGCAUUUAAAUGUCGGAAACUCCGGUGACAAUAUUACAAAAUUAUGAGUGUCUGUUGUGGAAGUUUUUUUUUAUAAAAUAUAUAUGUAAUUGAUAUAACGCCUUAAGCAAAAAGUUAAUUCUGAAUAAAGCACAAUAAUGAAGCAUUAUGUUACCCUG